AUGAAUGAUCUACCGGAUAGAAAGUUGUCAGUCAAAGAGAUGGGUCGACUGUCUAGAUACAUCGACUUUGCCUAUCUGUCUUUCUUUACCGAGCUGGACUGCCCUUUUGUAGUAUUAGAACAGAAGAUUGCAGAAAACCAGGAAUUCUCCCAUAGAUCUCUCAUAACGAAGAUCUUUAUUCAUCUCCUUGAAACGGACGCGGAUGUUACAUUCACAAGAGUCGCAGAUGCGAUGUCCGAGCAUGGAUUAGAUCCAAAAAAGCUGUAUAACAUCAUUGACAACAACAGGGAUAUGUUGUUUAAUGGCGACACUUUGUCAGAGGAAUUUUUACAGAAAUGCCUAACGGUAUAUGACGCUCCGGUCAUUGCCGACCACGUGAACGCCAAAAAGUACUUCAACCUGUUCCUUGAGCUCGGCUUAACGCCAAAAAGAGUGGACGAGUUUGACGUCAACUUCAGAAACGAUACAAUUCUCAACAGAAUCAGUGCGAUGGUUAAGGAGUUCAUUAAGAAAAGCAGUCGACGUCCUACUCUAAACACAGUUCUGCUUGCGAUGGCGGAAUGCGACAUGAACACCAAUUCCCUCAUCCAAGCCCUAACUCAAACAAAGGUCAUUUGA